GCAACUUUUCAGUCACCAACUUUUCAGUCUUCAGUCAAGCGUAUUAUGACCCACACUGGUGACACCUUGAUAGGUGUCCAUAUCAGGACUGCACCUACCGUACCUGAUUCCCCAGUCGCCAAGGAUGCCAGCAUUCAUCACGCAAAGAGCAGAGCUGUAGUUCCGAGGGCAGCUGCUAAAUGCAGACCAAGGAGGAUAAUUGAGCAGUUUCCUACGUAGCUGUUGUAGGGUCCAGAGCUUGAACACUAGCCUCAUUAUGCUGCUCAACUCCCCGCGUUGGAACGUUGGGGGUAAAUAUUCUGUAAUUGCACAGGGAUUGCAUGUACUACCAGAUACCAAUCACAUGUAUUCAGAUAUUUGAUCUGUGCUGUUCACAAUUUUUGAAUUCUUGAUCUGAAGUACUGUUUCAAUAGAAAGAGCUCGUCACGUUGGGCAGCAGCACCUCGAAUUGACCGCCUUUUUUGCUCCUGCGCAAUGGGCGAUCUGGCAAGCAAUGAACCUGUUCCCAUUAUACUUGUGACUGGAGCAACGGGGUCUCAGGGAGGGGGGGUUGUACGCCACCUUUUGAAGGGGGGGGGUUUCAAAGUCCGUGGGCUCACACGUGAUGCCACAUCUGUAAAAGCGCGAGCUCUUGUGGAGAGAGGGGUGGAUGUAGUCCAAGGAGACCUCUUACAGCCAGAUUCAUUGACAAAAGCUUUUGCCGGGGCCAGCACACUUUUCUUGGUCACCGACUACUGGGGCAGCCGCGAUGCUGACGUGGAGAUAAAGAUGGGCAAGAACGCAAUCGACGCAGCGAAAGCCGCUGGAAUCGACUUUGUGCUUUUCAGCUCUUUGGAGGAUCCGGGGCCGAUUGCCGGAGGCAAGAUGGAGGAGGCAGUGCCGGGGAGGAUCAUGCCACAGUUUGAGAGCAAGGCUGAGAUUGAGGCGCACCUCCGGCAGUCGGGCCUCCCCUUUGCGACCCUCCUGACCUGCAUGUUCUACGACGACUUCGUCAACUUUCCGUUCCUUCAGCCGCAAGCGGACGGAACCUUCGUCUUCUACAGCAACUGCGGCCCCGCACCGCACCCCUGGCACUGCGCCGACGACGUGGGGGGAUGCUCAGCCGUCAUUUUCCGGGAGCAAGACAAGUUCAACGGCCGUACCAUCCCAGUCGUUGGCGAGCACAUCUCGUGCUCCGAUCUGGCGAAAACCGUGUCCGAAGUGACGGGGAAGACCGUCCGGCACCAGGAGCUUCCGGACGCCAUUGCACGCGGGGCGUACGGAGCGGACCUCGCCAACAUUUACGUUUUCCUCAGGGACUUUCCCUUCCACGACGAGUCGCGGUCGGUCUCCGCUGCACAUGCGAUUUACAAGGGCCCCACCUUUCGGCAGUGGGCCGAGCAGAACCGGGAGGCCCUGCUACGGGUCAUGUCACAGUCGUCCCCCGUAUGAUUCGACCGGGUCGUGGCGCCGCUGAUAACUAACUGAAGCUGAUUCUCGUGAGGACCACACCGGCACCAUUGAACGUCAAGUUAAGUUGACUCCACUGGGUGCCUUUGCGAGCUUGAAGAUAUAGUUGUUUUUACGCGUCUUUCUGGCGCAGGUCUUCUGACACUGAGUCCCCGCGUUGACUCACGCACGUCAAUCAUUCUGUCUGUCAAAAUCGAUACGCGCCAGUGGAACUUGGAAGCCUGCCGUGUCUUGAUCGAGCAAAGCUUCUUCGGCUGAACGUACGUAAAUUUUGCCGCGAUUGACGGACAUGUGUGCAAAUCCAAGAGACCAUGC